AAAGUUGUCCCCAUAUCUAACUCCCCCAAUCACGCAAUCUCUGCCUGUGUUUCAAUUAUUAUUUACUGCCCCAAGUUGAGAAAACAAAAGAUUCCGGAUUAUAGAUCUCUGGGCUUUCAGACACGAAGACCAGCAGGACUCCGUCACUUAUGUGACUCCUCCCUUGGUCACCUCUACUCCACACUCCAAGAUUUAGUUUCUUCCAACUCUGCUCAUUGCUGCACAACGAACCCAAGAAUCACAGCCUUCAGAAUUUGCACAGCCCUGACCUCAGCUCCAAUCUAGUCCCAGCCUCCUUGGUGCCCCAGCUCCAGCCCCAGCCUGUCUCUGGCGCUGCCUCCAUUUCAGCUCUGACGGCCUCAGAGUUUAGUCCAAGCAUGUCAAUGAAGUAUGAAAACUUCCAGUCGGUGGAGAGUGACAAGAAGAGUUGGUGGCUUAGAAAUGGGCUGUCCUGCCCCCAGCCCUUCCUGCAGAAUCUCUGCUCUGGAGCCCGCCCACUCCUGUUCUGCUUGGGCCUCAGCCUCCUCCUGCUGAUCGGCAUCUGCGUGAUCGGAUCCCAAAAUUCCAAAUUUCAGAGGGAGCUGGUGACUCUGGGAACAAACUUCAGUAAUGUCACUUCGAACACCGUGGCUGAGCUCCAGGCCCUGCACUCCCAGGAUGGCAGUUUGCAAGAAACCAUAACAUCUCUGAAAAGCGAGGUGGGAAACCAUGAGCAGGAACUGCAAGCAGCCCGCAGCUUGAAGGACAAGGUGGUUUCUCUGGAGAGUAAACUGGAGAAAGAGCAGGAGGAGCUCAAAAAAGAUUAUUCCGAAAUGGUCCUGCGAGUCCAGCAGCUGGCCAAAGACCUGAUCUCCCUGAAUUGCCACAUGGCUGCUCUCAAGAGCAAUGGUGAGGGGUACACUCGAAAUACCUGCUGUCCCCUUAACUGGCUGGAGCAUGAAGGCAGCUGCUACUGGUUCUCUCAUACGGGGAAGCCCUGGAAGGAGGCUGAGAAGUACUGCCAGUUGGAGAACGGGCACUUGGUGGUCAUCAACUCAAGGGAAGAGCAGAAUUUUGUACAGGAACAUACAGGCUCCUCGUACACCUGGAUAGGCCUCAGUGAUCCUGAAGGAAUCUGGAAAUGGGUGGAUGGCACAGACUAUGAGACCAAUUUCAAGAACUGGAAGCCAGGCCAGCCAGAUGACUGGCAUGGACACGGGCUGGGUGGAGGCGAGGACUGUGCCCACUACCUCUCUGAUGGCAGGUGGAAUGAUGACGUCUGCCAGAGGCCAUACCGCUGGAUCUGUGAGACCAGCCUGGGCAAGGCUGGGUAGGACAUCUCAGAGCUGCUUCCCGUUGACUACUCAGCCAUGGAAACAGCAGGGGUGGCGGAGGGAGAUCGUUCCCCAGACACCACUAGCAAGACCUCUGUGGGACAGGAAUAAGCCGUGGGAUAUUGUACUUCCAUCAUUUUGAAUUUUUUUCUCCUUAACUUUCAAACGACUACAUAGAGUUCCUAAGUGUUUCUUUUUAAUCAAAUUUCAGCUUUACUGAGGUAUAAUAUAUAUAUAUGUCGCAUCCUGCACGACAAGAGCUGUGGGAAGCAAGAAGGGUGCGCAGGGUUAAGAAAGACAGUAGACAAGGGUAGAGUGCAAGCGGGGCCAAAGGACUCAAGUUCAAGGACUGAGCCCUGAAUCAGGCCAAAGCAUAGCUUUUAUUAGUAAUCAUACAAGGAAACAAAGCUUGUUUUUGCCAUGGUCCACGAGUCACGUGCCUGACUGGCUGUUCUUCCCAAAAGUCCCCAUUGUGCUCCAACACGUCCUGUGCCUUCACACACACGCACAACCCCAGGGGAGGGAAUCACUGUACUGAAACCAUCAGGUAAGAGAGCCUGAACGAUAUUAUUCCAUUGGUUCCCAGCUUUCCGGGACACUUCCUUGUGAUGUCAUGGGGAAGGCGCGGGGAACAGACUGUUCAGCAGUUAGAAGGCAACAUAUAUAUAUAUUUCCACCGAUCCAGUUAAUUAACACGUCCAUAACCUCACAUAUUUAUCUGUUUUUUCUUUUUGAUGCAAACACUUAAGUUCUGCUCUCUUAGCAAAGUUCAAUUAUACUAGACAGGGUUAUCAAGUAUAGUCACUAAGUUUUACAUUAGGUCCUUGGACCUUACUUAUCUUAUAACUGAAAGUUUGUACCCUUUUACCAACCUCUCUCUAACCCCCACCUCCAGCCCC